CUCGAAUGCACGCAGCUCCAUGAUGAAUAUCGCUGUGGCUGCUACGUAGCUUCGGUGUGGGAGGGACUGCCCAGCAUUCCAGCAUUUCCAUUGGUUUUGCAGUCAGCACGGCGGAGAGGGGGGUGCCUCUAAUCAUAUCCAGCAUGUUUUGUACAAGAAAUGUCAGCCAGAAAGGGCUAUCUUCUCCCUUCGCCAAAAUACACCACAAUAAUGUCAUGUUCGGACAGCCCGUCAGGAAAUGCGUUUUUAGUGGACUCUCUGAUCAGUGGCCGCACCGAGAGCAGCGGAGGUCACUACACUGGGAGCGCGGUGUGUGUGCCUCACAGCACCGCUACAGAAGUGCCUUACGGACUACACAACUAUGGAUACUUCCCAAGUAUGGGUAAACGGAGCGAGGUGGGUCCCCAAAACAUGGUUACAGCUUCAGGCGCGUACAUGUCCAGUAUGGAGAUGUGGAUGGACGCGCAGAGGUCAUGUCGAAUGGACCAAGAGCACCCGGUAGGUCCCCAGGUCGCGCCCUGCUCGUUCCCGCAGAACAUUAAAGAAGAGAGCACUUACUGCCUAUAUGAGCAGCCGAAGUGCCCUAAAGCCUCAACCGCCGAAGAUCUCACUUAUUCGAGGUUAACCACAGCUGGCCUCGGGUCGAGUGCUUGUACAGUUACCGAUGGCAGUGGUGGCGGCGGGGGCUCAGUGCCUGUGCCGGGCUACUUCCGCUUGUCUCAGACGCACGCACAUUCUCAUAAACUUUACAACACCAACGGCCCCCAGCCGAACCCUUCCCAUUCUCAUUUUGGCCUACACCCCACUGCUCCAGUCCGCUUUCACACGCCACCAACCUCGACUUCUGCUCCAGCCACGGCGCAGGAAAGGAGGAACAUCGAGGAGCCCGUGUCCUCGAGAAACGCAGACCUGCAGCCUCACGCUACACCGGGGAACGAGGAGGCACGCGAGUCCUCGGAUGCAGAAGUGUCCUCAGCAGACGAGACAGAAGAACAUGAAAAAGACAGACCAGCAAAGACCACUAAAGGUGACACAAAAAGUGAAAACACGGCCAACUGGCUGACAGCAAAGAGCGGCCGGAAGAAACGGUGUCCAUACACCAAGCACCAGACACUGGAGCUGGAGAAGGAGUUCCUCUUCAACAUGUACCUGACCCGAGAGCGCCGCCUAGAGAUCAGUAAAAGCGUCCACCUGACGGACAGACAGGUUAAGAUCUGGUUCCAGAACCGCAGGAUGAAACUGAAGAAAAUGACGCGGGAAAACAGGAUCCGGGAGCUCACCUCAAACUACGGAUUUUCGUGAUGAACGAGGUGAUCACAUUAAAACAGAAGAAAAUUAGA